AGCCAGCGAUGGAGGCGAGACCCCCUAGUAAGAGAGGCGGUGGCGGCGGCGGCGGCUACUGGGUUUCAGCCUCGUCCCUGAAGCGUCUCUAAGAAGCGCAGCGGAACUCAACCCUACCCAGCCCACUUACUUACUCCCUUCCCAGGGCCGUAGCUCCCACCUGAUAUCAAAACUAUGGAGAUUAUAAAACAGCAUGAAGUAUUUUCAAUGGAAAGUGAAAAACAAGAUAAUUAACUUGGAUGUGCUUCAGGAUUACAUUUCUAAGCACCUUCUAGCCAUCAUGGCAACUUCAUCUGAAGAAGUUUUGCUGAUUGUAAAGAAGGUCCGUCAAAAGAAGCAGGAUGGAGCUCUAUACCUCAUGGCAGAAAGAAUUGCUUGGGCACCUGAAGGCAAAGAUAGAUUUACAAUCAGCCACAUGUAUGCGGAUAUUAAAUGCCAGAAAAUCAGUCCAGAAGGAAAAGCUAAAAUUCAGCUUCAGCUGGUCCUGCAUGCAGGGGACACAACUAACUUCCAUUUUUCCAAUGAAAGCACAGCAGUCAAAGAGCGAGAUGCAGUGAAAGACCUUCUUCAGCAGCUGCUGCCCAAAUUCAAGAGGAAAGCAAAUAAAGAACUUGAAGAGAAAAACAGAAUGCUGCAAGAAGAUCCUGUUUUAUUUCAGCUUUAUAAAGAUCUUGUUGUAAGCCAAGUGAUCAGUGCUGAGGAAUUUUGGGCCAAUCGUUUAAAUAUGAACUCAACAGAGAGUUCUUCCACAUCCAAUCAUAAGCAGGAUGUUGGCAUUUCUGCAGCAUUUCUGGCUGAUGUCCGGCCCCAAACAGAUGGAUGUAAUGGUCUGAGAUAUAAUUUAACCUCUGAUAUCAUUGAGUCCAUAUUUAGGACCUAUCCAGCAGUAAAAAUGAAAUAUGCAGAAAACGUUCCCCACAACAUGACAGAAAAGGAAUUCUGGACACGAUUUUUUCAGUCUCAUUAUUUUCACAGGGACCGGCUGAAUACAGGGUCAAAGGACCUGUUUGCAGAAUGUGCCAAAAUAGAUGAAAAAGGGUUAAAAACAAUGGUUUCAUUAGGAGUGAAAAAUCCACUACUUGAUCUGACAGCUCUGGAAGAUAAACCAUUAGAUGAAGGUUAUGGCAUUUCCUCUGUGCCAUCUACUUCUAAUUCUAAAUCCAUAAAGGAGAAUAGUAAUGCUGCCAUCAUCAAGAGAUUUAACCAUCACAGUGCCAUGGUCCUGGCAGCAGGUCUCAGGAAACAAGAAGCACAAAAUGAACAAAAUGGUGAGCCAAGCAGCAUCGAUGGAAAUUCUGGAGAUGCAGACUGCUUUCAGCCAGCAGUCAAAAGGGCGAAGUUACAAGAGUCAAUUGAAUAUGAAGAUUUGGGAAAAAAUAAUUCCAUAAAAACAAUUGCACUAAAUCUCAAGAAGUCAGAUAGGUAUUAUCAUGGUCCAACUCCAAUCCAGUCACUACAGUAUGCAACAAGUCAGGACAUUAUUAAUUCUUUUCAAAGUAUUAGACAAGAAAUGGAAGCUUAUACACCCAAAUUAACUCAGGUUCUCUCAAGUAGUGCUGCCAGUAGUACCAUCACAGCACUGUCACCUGGAGGAGCACUUAUGCAGGGAGGGACACAGCAAGCCAUAAACCAAAUGGUGCCAAAUGAUAUUCAGUCUGAAUUGAAACACCUGUAUGUGGCUGUUGGGGAACUACUGCGGCACUUCUGGUCCUGCUUUCCUGUUAAUACACCAUUCCUAGAAGAAAAGGUAGUGAAAAUGAAGAGUAAUUUGGAACGAUUCCAAGUUACAAAGCUCUGCCCAUUCCAAGAAAAAAUUCGAAGACAGUAUUUAAGCACAAACUUGGUAAGUCACAUAGAAGAGAUGCUUCAGACAGCCUACAACAAACUCCAUACAUGGCAGUCACGGCGUCUGAUGAAGAAGACGUGAAGUGUCUGGCUCUCACAGGUUUUGUGAGAUUAAGAGAACUGUUACCUGCAGUGACUCUGGAAACCUGGCCUGACAGACAUGCAGAUGAUCACACAGAAGUGACAAGAAAUAUCUGCACCACGCCAACUCUUGGAGCUGAUGCUGUCGUACUUGCACAUUGUGAACUGAAAGGAAAGGAACUGAUUAAAUGCUGGGGAGGUAAAUUAAGGCAGAACCAAAAUGAGCUAAGUUGCAAAUAUAUAUAUAUAUAUAAAUAUAUUUUAAAAAGACACUGUUUACUGCAGUUACUCAGGAACUGCUUUUGAUUCACAUUAAGCUGCUUUCAGAAAUUAAAAAAAAAAAAACUUUUUAAAAGGGUGCAUUGAAAAAAUCUGAGGUGUUUUGUUGUUUUUCUGUGUAAAUUUUUUCUCUAAGUUUAUGGCACAGGGUACACCUUAAGUAUUUCUCCUCCAUCCUCCACUUGAUCCUCAAGUUUUACUGAAUUCUAGUUGUCCCUUAUAUCAGCAAGUUAGAGUACUUUAAAAUAAAGCAGAGAGAGACUGUUGCUCAACCAUCAGGAAACAGUUGUACUCAGAAGACAUUGGUCCUGUGUUUCCUACGGAAAUAAGAAACAAUAAAUAUUGCACUGAA